AUGUUCUUUGCCAACGAGCAACGUGAGAACGUCCGUGAGGAAAACCCAGGCAUUAGCUUUGGCCAAGUCGGCAAGGUCCUCGGCGACAGAUGGAAGGCUCUCAACGAGAAGCAGCGCGAGCCAUAUGAGAAGAAGGCUCAAGCCGACAAGAAGCGGUAUGAAGAUGAGAAGGCGAAGUACCAGGUAAGUCUGAGCCAUCAGCUGGAUCGCCUCAAGCAUUCCUUUAACCAGGCUCUAGGCUGGCGGUGA